AUGCCUGCCCCGGAAACCCGUCACGAAGCCCGACCAAUCCUCGGACAUGUCAACUUGAUGCUGGAUAGCUUCAUUGCCAAUGCGACGGCCGAUGAUCUACGCGCGGUUGUCCGGACUAUGCUGGCGACCUCUCCCCCUGCGGUCACCUCCGCAUUUACCACUGCCGCGCGUCGUCACUUGGAAAAGGUGAACGCUCGAACCCCUCCUACGCGCGUGAAGCUCUUCGUGAGGCUCAAUGACGGGACGUCGCGCCCCUCGGCCGAGCUACCGCAUGCCCUUCGGAGAGCACGCGUCUUGUACGGUGCUGGAAUGGGCUUUACCAGUCUCGGCGUGCUGACCGGUUUCGUCCGAGCGACGAUUGGGCUGCGUUGGGAGGAGGACAGCGAAAUCGCAGAUGUCCUCGCUGCGAUUGAUGCAGAUAUAACGCAGGCGAUUCAAAGUUCCAAGGAGGAGAUGGCGGCCGGGAGUGUUACGGACAUCGCCGCAGCGCGGACAGCAGUCGGUGAGCUGCAUGCGGCGCUGAUCGACAGCAGCAGGGAUGUGGAGAGUUGGAAUGGCGAGUUUCCGUUCGAGCGCGCGGUGGCUAGCAUACAGUACUGGAAGCUGUGA